AACGUCGCGCUGCUGCUGAGCGGAACAGUGCCGGUGGAUAGAAACUCCCGCCAUUUCGACAAGGAAUUAACCUCUUGUGUGAUCCGGGGGUUGCUCUUGCAAAACUUGUGGAUGUUUUUUUUCUUUUUUUCCUUGAUAACAGAAAACUGAGUGCACUAGCGUUUCGUGGACUUAAGUUUAAAGGAUAAUAAUCAACAGAAGAGUCAGGUGGGAGACGCGGAGCUGCUCCUGUACUGGCUGUUGCCGUUAGUUUGACUUCGGUGCUUUUCCGUUCACCUGAGCUGGAAAGUUUUACCUAAAAAGUGACCUAGGAGCGGCGACAACUGUGGUGUCAGUAGUGAGUAGUCCAGCAUGACAUGCCAGCCUGGGCCGGCGGUAGAGCAGCGGCGUGGUGUUGUUUUGCAGCGCUAGAGAGCAGCUAGCAGCGGGCCCAGAGAGAGGAGAGAGCUCCCACGUCAACAACACAGGCUGGUCUGGCGCCAUCACCGCACUAGCUGGGGACACUACCACAUAACUGCUUCACCUGGAGCGUCCAUGGCGCCGCUGCUGGGCCGGAGGCCGUUCCCGCUGGCCAAGCCUUUGCCCGGGCCGGCGGGCCCGGCGGGCCCGGGGGAGGACGUGUUCAUCAUCGAGCACACCCAGGAGGCCUUCAGGAACAAAGAAGAGUAUGAAGCUCGUUUGCAGAGGUAUGAUGAACGCAUCUGGACAUGCAAGAGCACUGGAAGCCUCCAGCUCACUCACAAAGAGGCAUGGGAGGAGGAACAAGAAGUCACAGAGCUGCUUCAGGAGGAGUAUCCCCAGUGGUUCGAGAGGCCCGUCCUUGAGAUGGUCCACCACAACACAGUGUCUUUAGACAAACUGGUUGAAAUGGCCUGGUUGGAAGUCCUCACCAAGUAUGCUGUGGGUGAAGAAUGCGACUUCCUGGUGGGGAAGGACAAAACCUUGAAAGUGAAAGUGGUUAAGAUUCAUCCCUUGGAAAACCCUGAGGGUGAACCAGGGGAGAAGAAGCUUGAAGGUGCCUGUGACUCGCCCUCCAGCGACAAGGAGAAUGCAAGCCAGGAAAACCAGAGGAAAGAGCCUCCCCCCCGAGAGGAAGAGAGCAGGAGGGAGAGUCUGAGUGAUAGAGCACGCCGUUCCCCAAGGAAGCUUACCACUGCCAUGAAAGAAGACAAGAGAAAAUGGGUUAUGCCCAAAUUUCUUCCUCAUAAGUACGAUGUGAAGCUCAUCAAUGAGGAUAAGGUGAUCUGUGAUGUCCCAACAGACAGUCUUUUUCGUACAGAGCGCCCUCCAACCAAGGAGAUCAUGCGAUACUUCAUCAGACACUUUGCUCUUCGGCUGGGCAAGGGAGAAAGUGCUCCUUGGGUUGUCGAAGAUGAGCUGGUGAAAAAGUUUAACCUGCCCAGCAAAUUCAGCGACUUUCUUCUUGAUCCUCACAAGUUUUUGGCAGAAAACCCCUCCACCAAGCGCAGGAGUUUGACGUCUCCUGAUGGUAAACCCAGCAAGAAGCUGAAGAUGGCGGACACUCCUGGACAGGAUUCGGGAAGUGAAAAAGGAGAGAAGAAAAAGAAAAAUCAGAAAGAUUCUUUGGGCAUGCCCCUUAGUCCAACCAUCUGGGGCCACAUGCAGGUAAAAAACUCUGGAACGCCCAAGAAGGGAGAAGGCAAAAGCUCCGCGCCCUCCACCCCCAAACCUGGCAGGAAGACGGGGGACAAAAAAGAGGGAAAGAAAAGUGGAAAGAGUGGAGACAAGAAGCUUAAUGUUCUCAAAGCCUCUAAAAAAGAUGGUAAAGCUGGUUCUAAGUCGCCAAAGAUGAAGCAGACGACUCUGCUACAUCUGGCUAAGGGCACUCCUGGAGGGAGUCCUAAGAAGCGAGCCCGCAGCACUGGCAUGGGAACGCCUAAACUCGGGAAACCACUUCACCCUAUGGCUCUCCACCUCCUCCGUUACUAUAAGGAGCACAAAGGAAAAGAGGACAAAAAGAACUCCCUUUCCUCCCUCAUAUCCAAAGCUGCAAAGACCUUGUCCUCAGAUGAUCGUGGCCGUCUGCCAGAAGAGCUCAGGGAGCUAGUGCAGAAACGCUGGGAGCUCUUGCAGGAGAAGAAACGAUGGGCAGCCAUGAGUGAAGAGGAGAGGAUGGCUGAGAUGAACAAAAAGCGUGCGAAAAUCAAGGAGAAAAUGAGAGAAAAGGCUAAGGAGAGACGUGAGAAGGAGAUGCUGGUGCGCAUCGAACAAUCACGAAGGUAUGAGGACCAAGAGAUUGAAGCUGGCAAGACCCUGCCAACAUUCAAGCUUGUAGACAUGCCUGAAAGGUUGCCAAACACCCUGUUUGGCAGCGUAGCAAUGAUUGUAGACUUCCUUCAUUGCUAUGCAGGGCUGCUGAUGCCAAAUGACCAAUAUCCCAUCACAGCAGUCACUCUCAUGGAAGCACUGGCAGGAGAGCGCUCUGGCUUCCACUACCUCAACCGUGUGUUGGUGGUGCUGCUCCAGACGCUGCUGCAAGAUGAGCUGGCCGAAGGCUACAGCGAGCUUGACAUGCAUUUAUCUGAGAUUCCCCUUACCAUGCACUCUGCAUCGGAGCUGGCGCGGCUGUGCCUGCGACCAUGUGAUGCUCAUGGUGAAGAGAGCGCCCAGGGGUCGGAGGCUUCGGGAGCCAUGGGUGGCUUUGAUGACGUGGUAACUAGUGAGUUCUUGGAGAAGCUUGAGACUUUUGAAGUUUUUGAGCUUAGUCCUGAAGAGAAGGUCACCCUGUUGGUGGCUCUGUGCCACCGCAUCCUCAUGACGUACUCGGUGGAAGAUCACGUUGAUUCAAUGCAGCAACGGUCCGCUGAGCUGUGGAAGGAGCGUCUGGCCAUGCAGAAAGAGGUUAAUGACCGCAAGAAGGCUGAGAAGAUGAAGCAAAAGGAGAUGGAGAGCAAAGGUGAGAAGAAAAAAGAAGUGGUUACAAAAAAGGAAAGCAAAAAAGACGUAAAAGUGGAGCCAGAGCCUGAAGACAUGAUCAGCUCAGUGAAGAGCAGACGGAUAAUGUCUAUGCAGGCCAAGAAGGAGAAGGAGGAGAUGGACAGACAGAACAAAGAGCGUAUGGAGAAGGAGGCAGAGGAAGAACGGGUGCGUAGACAGAGAGCCUCUGCAGAGAGGGCCUUUCAGGACGGAAUAGCAAAGGCCAAACUUGUGAUGCGCAGAACUCCCUUUGGUACAGACAGAAAUCAUAACAGAUACUGGCUUUUCUCUGACGUGGUCCCUGGUCUGUACGUGGAGAAAGGAUGGGUUCAUGAAAGCAUAGACUACAGCUUCACCCCUCCACCCGAGGAGAAACCAGCUGAGCCUGAAGCAGAGGUGGAGGAGGAGGAGGAGGAUAAUGAGGCAGCUCCAGAUUCACAAGGAGUUGAAAAGGAUGAUGGAAGUAUAGACGGUGCUGUGACGGAGGGAGUCCAGCAGGGGGCCGUAGCGGAAGUAUGUAUUGAAACUACUACUCCCAAACAAGGACAGAACCUCUGGUGCAUUAUUGACAACCCUGCUGAACUGGAGGAGUUGGUGGAAAGUCUUCAUCCUUACGGGGUCAGAGAGAGCGAACUGAAAGCAAAGAUCCAAAACAGGUAUCAGGACAUCCUACACUCCAUCCAUUUGGCUCGCAAGGCCAAAUUGGGCCUCAGGACGUGUGACGGCUUCACAGAGCUACUCAAAUAUAUGCGCAGUGACGUCCAGGAAAUCGCCUCAAGACUCCAGAAGGGAGGCCUUGGAUAUCUGGAUGACAACGUAGACAUUGAAGAUCAGUUGAAAGACAUGGAGAACUUGAAAGACUUUGGAGAAUGCAUCAUCACUCUUCAGGCCUGUGUGAUCAAAAAGUUUCUGCAGGGUUUCAUGGCCCCCAAGCAGAAAAAGAAAAAGAGGCAAGGAGGGGAGGAGAGCAGCAAGGCCGAAGAGGUGGAUGAGGAGAAGAGGCUGGCUGAGGAGGCGAGGAUUGCAACAGCAGUAGAGAAGUGGAAGACGGCUAUCAGGGAGGCACAGACCUUCUCCCGGAUGCACGUGCUGCUCGGGAUGUUGGACGCCUGCAUAAAGUGGGACAUGUCUGCUGAGAAUGCUCGCUGUAAAGUCUGUCGCAAGAAAGGCGAUGAUGAGAAGCUCAUCCUCUGUGACGAGUGCAACAAGGCCUUCCAUUUGUUCUGUCUGAGACCGGCGCUGUACCGCAUCCCCGACGGAGAGUGGUUGUGUCCGGCCUGCCAGCCCACGGUGGCCAGACGCGGCUCCCGCUCAAGGAACUACAACCAGGACACAGAUGAAGAAGAGAGUGAGGAGGAUUCUGAGGAGGAAGAGUCUGAUGAAGAUGAAGAGGAUGAGGAAGAGAAUGACUACAAAGCCACAGGACACAGCUUGAGACCACGCAAGAAAAAUAAACAGUCUGCACCGCGACAAAAAAGCUCCAAAAGUAAAUCCAAGAAGCCGACCUCUAGCAGCAAGCAGAGGGCGGGCCCAAACUGCCCCGCAGACAUAGACGAACUGGUGCGACAAAGUUCCCAAACGGGAGUGCGCAGGCAGGCGCUGGAGCUGGAGAAGUGUGAAGAUAUUCUGAAGAAACUGAUGAAGUUCCGCUACAGCUGGCCUUUCAGGGAGCCGGUUUCUCCAGACGAGGCAGAAGACUAUCAGGACAUCAUCUCUCAGCCGAUGGAUUUCCAGACCAUGCUGGGCAAGUUUAGUCAGGGAUCGUAUCGGCAUGCUCAGGAUUUCCUAGAAGACAUGAAGCUGGUCUUCUCCAACGCAGAGGAGUACAACCAGCAGGGCAGCACCGUCCUGUCCUGCAUGGUCAAGACGGAGCAGACGCUUGUCGAGCUGCUCCAGAAGCUGCUGCCCGGCCUUAGCUACCUCCGACGGCGUUCUCGCAAGCGUGUCAGCCAGGCCCCAGCAACGUCUGAGGAUGAGGAGGAAGACGAAGAAAACGAUGAAGAGCAGGAGGAGGAGCCGAAGAAGAAGUUGCAGAACGGCAAAUCAAACAGGAAGAAAGCCAGAAAUAGCCGGAGACAGAAGGAUGAGGAGAGCAACAGUGAAGAGGAGGAGGAGGAGGAUGACGACGAUAGGAGGAGAAGUAAGAGGAGCUCUAACAGCGUAGCCAAGAAGGAUUACAGGGAGGUUAAUAGUGACGGCGAGCAGGACGCGCGAAAAACUCGUCAACGGGGGGGCCGGCGUGAUGCCAAAGGGGCGAGCAGCGACGAAGAGCGGUCCAGCCAGCAUCGACAUUCCAAGAGGCAGAAACGAUCAUGAAAUCCAGGGUUCUGUUGUCUUUCAGCAUCUCUUUUCUAAAUCAUUUUCUGAGAAAUGACCACAUGAUCCUCCUCCUCCCACAGCCAGCAGGACAUUUUGUGUUAACGAACGUAUGUUCAUAUUUUGAAAACAAACCGAAGAAAACCAAUUUAUAUUUGUAAAAUUUUUGAUAUUGGUAAUUGUUUUGGGUUUGUUUGUUUUUUUUUUUCUCAAAGAAAGAUAAAAAAUUUACAGUAACUAAAUGGUC